AUGUCUUCCAAACCCCUCGAUAGCGCUCUGAAUGUGAACCUCCGCCAACCUCACGACACUGCUCCCGGCGCAUACAACACCAUCGAAGCCCACGAUGCAGACGGCCGAACCCUCACCAUCUCCCUCCGUCGAACCAUCCGCGUUCCCGACAAUGGCAGUACAUACAGCCUUCCACCUGAUCUCGGCGCCUUCCCCAUCUACAAUGUCCUCGACCACCGGAUCAAGCUUCCGUCUCAUCUCGUUAAGAAGGGUGGCGCAUUCAUUCCCAUCUACAAGCGUGAGGCAAUGUGGAUUCACUUCACUGCCACAAAGCCCUUCGCUGUCAAGGUUUAUGUUGGGGGUGUCAAUGCCAUCUCGGGUGAAUCGAAGGUUGUUACGGAAGUCACUGGGCAGCGCCGCAAGGAGAAUAAAUCUAUUCAGGAUUAUGUUGUACCUCCUAUGCAACAGUGGCUCGAUGGAAUCGCAAGCACCGAUGGGAAAGUCCUACAGUUCGUUGCAGCUCCAGUCGGUAGUGGCUACAGUGUUGAAGCACAGGUCACUGGACAAGAAUCCAUCACCGGAAUGCAGUUCGAGAUUGUUCCUUCGAAAUUGAUCCCGCCACCACAACCCGAACGGGCCAUCCUUUCCAAGCCCUUCAGAGCUCAGGUCCCAGUACCAGAUAUGCAAAUCUUUGUGAAGACUCUCACAGGGUACAUUAUCACCAUUACGUGUUCUCGCAACAACUAUAUCGAUGAAAUUAAGUCGCUCGUACAAGACCAAGAAGGUAUUCCUACGGACCAGCAAAGACUCAUAUACGCGGGUAAACAGCUGGAGGACGAUCGGUUUCUAUCGGACUAUAGUAUCUAUCAUGAGGCCACGAUUCGUCUUGUUCUUCGUCUUCGUGGAGGUGGGGAAGAUCCUCAAAAGGUAAUGGAACGGGAAACUGCAAAGGCGAUGGAAAUGGCAGUUGCGGCGGGCGGCUCCAUCAAGCAAGUAAUUGUUCAAGACCGAUACUACGAUGGCGAUUGGGAAGCUGACAAAAUGGUCAUGUUUAACCUCCAACUUUUCAACGCGGCCACAUUCGAGUCUCUAGGCAUCCCAGUCCCUUCAACGCCAAUCACGGCCAACACAUAUGCUCAGCACGGCUAUCCAUUUUUCAACCUCGAAGAAGAGUCAAGCGGCAUCGCAGGUAGUUUCAAGCUCGAUACCGUUGGUCAACUGGACAAGGCAGCGAAUAAGAAUCAAGCUUUGCAUAAGGCGGAGGAAGGACUCAAGUUCCCGAAUGUCAAGAUAGGCGACCAGGUCUCCAGCAAGGACGACGAUAUUGAAUUUGAAGACUCAAACGACAAGGAAGGCAUCAAUAUAGAAGACUCUACGGAUGGAGCAGAAUUGUUCGAUGAUGACGAGGAAGAAGACGAAGAUCCCGAUCUCGAUCUCACCCCGCAAACUUCAUCUCAGAACUCUACACCAAGCCGCGUCAAACUUAAUCUCGUCGACCAGAAGAGCAUCUUCCUCCCCAUCCGCUUGUUGAAGGUUGAUUGCCAGAAGGCUGGAAACGGCGGGAAGGGCGAGAAAAAGCGCUCUUUCUAUGAGAAUUAG